GCAGCAAAGAUGGCCAUGCUGUUGCGCUGCAGGUCGACGUCGGAGGUGCUCGUAGCCUUGCACCCGAUCGCGCAUCCGCCGGCGCUUCCAUGGGUCUCUUGGUGAAAAGUGACAAAGUGGUCGUCCACGACCCGUGACUGGAACACGGGUCACCGAAUGUGGUGGUGACGCUCACCAGCCUCCUACGCAGCUUUUGAGCAAGCUCUAGACCGGUCUUUCGAUUCAGACCACGCUGGUUUCUACUACGAGCCUUGUCGUUGUGUGGCACCGAUAAAAACACUGUAAAAUACAGUGUUCGGAGACAGCGGUUGGCGGCUCGAUUCCGUUUCGAAACCCAUAGCUUCCGUCGACACGAACAUCAUGGCGUCGGGCCCGAACGUCUCGCUGUCGCGACUGCGCCUCUUCCUCGCGCCUCACGCGGUGCCGCCGCCGCCGCCCGACGACGAGGCGCCGGGUGCACCGCCGGCGGACGACAGCGUCCGCCCCGAGAGUCCGCGCCGUCAGACCCUCGCGUCGCCGUCGUCCGACUCGGUCGCGACGGUCACGGCCCUCAACCCGCUCACAAAGGAGUUCCAGCGCGUCCGGUACCUCCUGCAGGCGUCACUGCCGGGGUACCGCGUGCCCGACGACGACGUGAUGAUUUGGGACAUGCAAAACCCGUCCCUCUCGGCGCAGUAUGAGCAAGCGACUGGUGGUUUGCUUGAGCUCGACUCGUGGGUCGCGGUCGAGGACCUCGGGCCGUCGAUCGAGCAAGUCUACUCGUACGGCUUCCACGCGCCGUACGAAGCGUCGCAUGCGAUGAAGCUCACGACCGGCAACAUCACCAUGGACCAGCCAGGAAAGAAAGGCAAGAAGCAAUAUGUGCUCUGCAAGGUUGCCACCGGACGGUCCAUGGUCAUUGACGACGAGGCGAUGGCCGCGCAGCCGCUGCCACCCGGCUACGACAGCUAUUACAUUGUGUCCAAGGCGCCGCGCACAACGGGCUAUUGCCACGAGUACAUUGUGACCAACACGCAGCAGAUCUUGCCGCAAUACCUCGUGCGCUUUGGCUACCAGUGGAUGGAUCCCAAGCUGCGCCAGCGACUCUGCGCGCUCUGCGAGCUGCUUCCGGCCGCUGUCGCGUGCCGUUGCUGCGAAGCCGAGCUCUGCGCGGCCUGCGACCACGAUACGCACGCCGCCAACAAGCUCAUGAGUCGCCAUGCGCGCACGCCGUUGUCGAUUGACGCCGCGCGACCGACGACGUACGUUGGUCAGAACGCACUUGUGCCGCCCGUGCCCUGUCGUCUGCACGACACCAAGCACGUCGAGUUUUACUGCCCCGUCUGCGCCGUGCCAGUCUGUGUCAACUGCAAGAUGGUUGGCGACCACUCGUGCGGCGAGAAGGGGCUCCACCGCCUCAUCAGUAUCCCGGACGCAUACGAGCAGAGCUUGAAAGAGUCGAGCAAAGUCGACCCGCUCGUCGAGUCGCGCAAGAUGCUCAUUGGGACGCGGCUUGGCCACAUUACCGAGCGCGCCAACGACGUCAAGCGCAACCGCGACGCUGUCGAGAAGCUGCUCCGAAGUACACUCGACGCGGCCCUGACCACGCUAGAAGCCGAGACCAGCGCCAAGCUCCGCGUCCUUCGGUGCGAAGAGCUCGAGCUCUCCCGCCAAGUGCAGCAGAUCGCUUGGGCCGACGAGUUCUUAGCCCUCCAGCGGCAGACGCUCCCGCCCGUCGCGUUUCUAAGCGCGUGGCACGAGCACAAGCCGCUGCGCAUCGAGCAGCGCGACUUUCCCGUCGCGAACGCGCCGUCGUACGAAAGCGUCAAGCCCGACCUCCAGCUCGUAGGCCGCCUCCGCGUCAUCGCUGGCGAGUACCACGAGGACGACGCGUCAUCGGUGGAGCUCGUGCCGCCGCACGUCGACGCGCUCGACGUUGGUCUCGUCUUGUCACCGAGAGGCAAAAAGGUCAUUGAAGACGUCCGGAAAGACCUGCUGCAACAGCCAAUGCGCAUCCUCCCUCGUGACGUGGCGCCACCAAAAGCGGGUCACACGAUCACGGCCACCCUGCGUGGUAUCUCGGUGAACCAGCGAAAGGUCUCGAAUCCGCAUGUCGUGUCGGCGCGCCAUGAGAUUUGGACGACCAAGUUGCGCCAGGAAAUGGCCCAGCCGCAUCUGCCGCCGCCACCGACUAGUACGUGAGGUCGUACGUCACAGUUGCCAUUCAAGGGCGAGAUGUGCGCGUCUCAACUGGAUGCUAACUUGUGCGUAAUUCGAGUCUACCUCUUUCGUCUGAAUGAAUGCACCCGGAAAAGGCAGGCCACCAAGGUGGGGCUGGUCCAGCCCAUGGCGAUCUCGAUACGUCAUUGUCCUUGCUGGCCGCCCGAAGAUCAGGUGGAACUUUGUCAACUGGGGCUGCCCUUCCUGGAACAUUGAUCGGGCAAUCAAUUGCCAUGCAGUAGCUUCCUUGCGUGCAGGCGUGGACCGAAUCAACUCGUGGGCGUCGUUCAGAAACGGCUGCGUGUUGCCAUGCUAAUCGCCAAGAAGCUUGAGCAUCGUGCGCCGAGGGUGUAAUGCCUUGCUUUGGCGAGCCACCACGCGCGUUGGACUCGGGCCUCUCACAAUCAAGCUCGACGCCGAAUCCGACGUCGCCGACCAGGACAUCAAGGUUCAUCGUCAAGCCAGUGUUGGUUGAGGAUCUUGCCUUUUGACUUUAAGAAUAAUAUCACAUACAAAUCACAAUUGUGGGCAAUAAAAAUAUACAGCAAG